GCACAAAAAAAAUCCCGCUUUGUUCUGCGUCUCUCUCUCUGUCUCCGUCGUCCUGCGGUUAACCCGCCGUCGUCCCUGUUUCUCUCUCCACCGGCCGGCUCGCCGUUAGCCGACCUCAUUCCUCGCCCUACCUCCGGCCGUCGCGUCGAGCCUCCUCACCCACAACGGAUUCUCGAGUCUCUUUCUCACCCUUCUCCAUCGUUCCUCCGUUUCGAAAUUGUUCCUCAGCCCUUGCCGGCUGUCGGACCUCUUCCUCACCACCACUAGCCGUCGAGCCUCCUCAUCAGCCACCAAAGCCGUCGAGCUUCUUUCUCACCCACCACCGGUCGUCGGUGGUUCGAAAUCAGAUGACUUGGCAGCCAUAUUCAGAGACGGUACUUGGUUUACUACCCGAGAUUUGUAGAUGUGAUAGAGAUAUAUGGCGCUCAGUUGUACCGUUGAUUUGCUUUGACAUUGUUGAGUACCACUACCCAAAUCGAGUGAUGCGUCAGUUUGGAUUGGAACAAUCAGUUCCCGUUGCGUGUGACACGAGUGUUGAUCUUCAUAAUGUGGAUCGACGGCAUAAAAACAAGAAGUUUGAAGAGAUGCAUCGCAAAUAUGUGGAGGAGUGGCGUGAUCGUGAGAGUCGGAUUGUUCAAGGCACUCCUUUUGCCGGUCAUCGUGAGAGGAUGAAGGAGUAUAUGGAUUGGUAUUGUAGCAUCACGAGACUCCUCAUUACUCCUGUUACACGAUCACCCCCCACCACUCAUUAUCAGCCGUCUUCCUCUGAUAUUAUUUUGUCACAUGCAUUGGCUGAUCUUGCCUCAAGAUGCACUCGAGCUGUGGAUUCUGCGUUAGAGUUACCUCCCAGUUUGGCCCUUCCUCUCACUCUUGAUACGUUACGCAAUUUGAGUUCCUCUUGCAUUGAGACCUUAUCAAGAGUGGGGCAAGAACAUAUCCUCCAACAAUAUGAUUUAGCCUCGUCUCAGUGUACACCCGACACCUCCACCUCACAUGUUUCUCGAGGGUGUGGUUUUCGACCACCACGUGCACGCCCUCCACCACUUACUCCUCCUCUACGCCCUCUAGCACUUACUUCUCCACACCCUCCACCACCACCUUCUCCACGCCCUCCACCACCACCUUCUCCACGCCCUCCACCUCUUACUCCUCCUGCAUCUCCGCCAGCAUCACAAGUUAUUUCAUCUCCUCCUUUGCAGCUUCUCACUUACCGGCGACAAAAGGGUUGCUCUCCUAGUCAACGUCCCGAGCCAAUUGCCGAGGAGGAUGAUAUUGGAACUUUUAGAACUUUUAGAAACUCAUGUGUCAUUAUUGGAACGAUUGAACUUUUGGAAAUUUUUUGUUUGCACUCUUCUAUUUUGUUGCAUAAGUGUUAUGGUUUGGUUGGUUGGUAUGAUUUGUGGAGGUUGUUGGAGUUGGAUUACAGACGUUGGAGUUGGAUUAUAGACGUUGUUGGAGAUCUUGGAUUUGUUUACAGGUUGUUGGAGUUGGACUAUUUGGCAGAAGAUCUCAGCCCAUUUUCUGGCUGA